AUGACAUAUGUCACUGAGGACGAUAACGAUCCGUACAAAAUCAACAUAAGAUUAGAGGAUGACGAGGACAGCAAACGAAAACGGUUUUUCGAAAAAGGACUCAGCACACUCUUAGACGACGAGCAUUUUUUGCUCCUCUACGUGCCUGAAAAUGGAGACAAGAUGAAAGUUAUACGACCUGCCAAUGACGCAUACCAUCGAAAGCGCAUCAUCAAAAGAAUCAAUGAAGCAAAAAGCAUUCCAUCAUUUUAUUACGCCUUAUCGCAUCUUUGGGGUCUCUCAGAAAACAACCGGUACGAGUGGAAUGAUAUCAGUGAAUACGUUGACGACGAACAAGGACAACCAAUGAAACCUGUUUCCAUGCGACCUGAGAAACGAGAUGCAUUACUUACAAUGCUCCAGGACCAUCCUGACAGCUAUUGGUGGAUCGAUGUCUUGUGUGCACGCACCGAUACCCCACUUGAUAUCAUGGGAGAUAUUUACGCUUGUUGCCUUGAAUGUAUUGCCAUGAUCGAUUGUCAGCCAAGCCUUAUACCGAAAAUUUACACACACUACCAGCAGUUACAUCCACCGUCGAGUUACGAGCUAAUUGAACUCUUGUCCACAUUCUUCCAAAGCCAAUGGUGGCAACGUGUAUGGACCUGGCAGGAGAUGGCUCUCCCUGUUGGAGAUGUUCGGCUUAUGGCUGAAACAGACAUUCAUCGACUCCAAACCAACACAAUCACUCUGAAGGAAUUACUUGAAAUUUAUCGCCUGCUAUGUGAACAUCGGAGGGUUUAUUCCGGUAGUUUGCGACAUGAACUACUACACGGUAUGUUCCACGCGAGGGACAUAGACUAUGCAAGAAAAUCCAACGUUCUUCGUGGGGCGACCAUUGAAUCAGUGCAAUAUGUAAUGCUUUCAUUGCGUAAUUCCAAGCGACGAUGUUAUGAUCCCUGUGAUUACAUUUAUGGAGUGCUGGGAAUGUUGCAGAUCAAAAUCCCAAGGAUGUCCGAUCCCAAUGCAGUUUGGAAAGAGUUCUUAUCCAAAUUGGAUGAUUUAUAUGCAUAUGAAUCUAAAAAAUUGGUUGAUUAUGCCGGCAAAUUCGAUUUAAGAGAAGCUGAAAGUAUUGGUGAUGUAUACCAAAUGUGUAUAUUUUCUCCUAGUGAUUAA